AUGUGUCUGCACCACUCUUUCUCUCUCUCUCUCUCUGUUUGCAUCCGUGCCUCUCUCUCUCACUGUUUGCAUCCGUGCCUCUCUCUCUUUCUGUUUGCAUCCGUGCCUCUCUCUCUUUCUGUUUGCAUCCGUGCCUCUCUCUCUUUCUGUUUGCAUCCGUGCCUCUCUCUUUCUGUUUGCAUCCAUGCCUCUCUCUCUUUUCUGUUUGCAUCCGUGCCUCUCUCUCUUUCUGUUUGCAUCCGUGCCUCUCUCUCUUUCUGUUUGCAUCCGUGCCUCUCUCUCUUUCUGUUUGCAUCCGUGCCUCUCUCUCUUUCUGUUUGCAUCCGUGCCUCUCUCUUUCUCUCUCUGUUUGCACCUGUGCUUCUCUUUCUCUCCCUGUUUGCACCUGUGCUUCUCUUUCUCUCCCUGUUUGCACCUGUGCUUCUCUUUCUCUCUCUGUUUGCACCUGUGCUUCUCUUUCUCUCUCUGUUUGCACCUGUGCCUCUCUCUCUCUGUUUGCAUUUGUGCCUCUCUCUCUCUGUUUGCAUCCGUGCCUCUCUCUCUCUGUUUGCAUCCGUGCCUCUCUCUCUCUCUGUUUGCAUCCGUGCCUCUCUCUCUCUCUCUGUUUGCAUCCGUGCCUCUCUCUCUCUCUCUGUUUGCAUCCGUGCCUCUCUCUCUCUCUCUGUUUGCAUCCGGGCCUUAGCCUGGAAUGCAGAUAUCUUGUCUUCAGGAAGCCGAGAUCGACUCAUUCUCCAACGUGACAUAAGAACUCCUUCACUUGCUCCAGAAAGAAAAUUAACGGGGCACAGGCAAGAAGUGUGUGGUUUGAAGUGGUCUCCUGAUCACCAGCACCUAGCAUCUGGUGGCAAUGAUAACAAAUUAUUUGUGUGGAACAUGACAAGUGUCAGUCCUGUUCAGACCUACACAGAACACCUGGCGGCAGUGAAGGCUAUUGCCUGGUCUCCUCACCAACACGGCCUGCUUGCCAGCGGGGGUGGCACGGCCGACCGCUGCAUGAGGUUCUGGAACACUCUCACCGGGCAGCCUCUGCAGUGUGUGGACACUGGAUCACAAGUUUGCAAUCUCGCUUGGUCCAAACACUCUAAUGAGCUGGUCAGUACCCAUGGUUACUCACAGAAUCAGAUACUGGUUUGGAAGUAUCCAGGUCUUGUACAGAUUGCAAAACUCACUGGACAUUCUUACAGAGUUCUUUAUUUGGCAAUGUCUCCUGAUGGUGAAGCUAUUGUUACAGGAGCAGGAGAUGAGACACUCAGGUUUUGGAAUGUUUUUAGUAAAACAAGAUCAACAAAAGAGUCUAAAUCAAUUCUCUCUUUCUCUCUCUCUCUCUCUCUUUGUGUUUUCGCUUCUUUCAUAGCAAGCGGAGAUAAACUUGAAAUUUUCUGUUACUCUCAGCCAGUAAAACAUCGUUGCCCUCUUGGUCUUGUAUCCGAGCCAAUUCCAUUCCCCACCCCCCUCCACUGCAACUCCCGCUUUGUGACCAUUAAUCAUCAAAGGAAUUAUGAAAAUCUUGAAACCAUUCUCCUCCUCUCUCGUUUAUUCCCUCUCUCUCCUCCUCUCUCCCUCUCUCUCCUCCUCUCGUUUAUUCCCUCUCUCUCUCCUCCUCUCUCGUUUAUUCCUCUCUCUCUCCUCCUCCUCUCUUUAUUCCCUCUCUCUCCUCCUCUCUCGUUUUAUUCCCUCUCUCUCUCCUCCUCUCUCGUUUAUUCCCUCUCUCUCCUCCUCUCUCGUUUAUUCCUCUCUCUCCCUCCUCUCUCGUUUAUUCCCUCUCUCUCCUCCUCUCUCAUUUAUUCCCUCUCUCCUCCUCUCUCGUUUAUUCCCUCUCUCUCCUCCUCUCUCGUUUAUUCCCUCUCUCUCUCCUCCUCUCUCGUUUAUUCCCUCUCUCUCUCCUCCUCUCUCGUUUAUUCCUCUCUCUCUCCCUCCUCUCUCGUUUAUUCCCUCUCUCUCCUUCUCUCUCGUUUAUUCCAUCUCUCCCUCCUUCUCUCUCUCCCUCCUUCUCUCUCCCUCCCCUCUCUCUCCCUCCUUCUCUCUCCCUCCUUCUCUCUCUCCCUCCUUCUCUCUCUCCUCUUCUCUCUCCCUCCUUCUCUCUCUCCCUCCUUCUCUCUCUCCCUCCUUCUCUCUCUCCCUCCUUCUCUCUCUCCCUCCUUCUCUCUCUCCCUCCUUCUCUCUCUCCCUCCUUCUCUCUCUCCCUCCUUCUCUCCCUCCUUCUCUCUCUCCUUCUCUCUCUCCCUCCUUCUCUCUCUCCUCCUUCUCUCUCUCCCUCCUUCUCUCUCUCCCUCCUUCUCUCUCUCCCUCCUUCUCUCUCUCCCUCCUUCUCUCUCUCCCUCCUUCUCUCUCUCCCUCCUUCUCUCUCCUCCCUUCUCUCUCCCCUCCUUCUCUCUCUCCCUCCUUCUCUCUCUCCCUCCUUCUCUCUCCUUUAAUAACCAGGAAGCAAUUAUUUUAAAUCAUCUCUUCGUUUCUAUUAUUCAUCAUCUUAAAGGGAAUGCUGUUUGUUCCAUUGAUCUGAAAGGAAAUCCUCACCUUUCACAGUUCGUUGCUUGUAACUGCCUGUCAUAUUUAUUAUUGAAUUCAUCCUUCGCUAUUUUCUGUUCGAACUUGCUUUCUUUUGCUGGCUUUUUUUCCUCUCUCUCUCUCUCUCUGCUUCUGCCCCAUAACCAUGAAGCUGCUGUCUUUUGUUACCUCGACACAGCCUCUGCACAAUCUCUUGUUGGACCUUGCAACCACUUUUCUCUGUCUGCACGCCUGCUUUUUAGUUUUCCGACUGCUCGUUUUUGCCUCGCUCUUGGCUAA